AUGCUCCCAAGGGUGCUUUUGCUGUGUGUUGCCAUUUUCACCACUUGGUGGUGUCUUUUCCAUGGUGGUAUUCCCGAUGAUGCUGGUAGCUGUGGUCCCGAUGGUUGUAUUCCUUCAUCACCCAAUCGUACACCUACCAGACGACAUGGCUACUUUUUGCACAUUACCGAUACACAUAUGGAUGAAAAUUAUGUUGCUAGUGCUAGCGUUGGCUCAGCUUGUCAUCGUAAGCCAAGACCUGAUGAUAAAGAAAGGAUGAAGCGCGUUGGCUAUCUUGGCGCCCCUGGCAAAAGAUGUGAUGCACCAGUGGAGCUAACAAAGCAGACCCUGCAAUGGAUUGCACGAGAAUGGAAAGAUAAGCUUGAUUUCGUCAUUUGGACAGGUGACAACUCCAGGCAUGAUUGGGAUCGCAAGGAUUUACGGAACCGAAACCAAGUCUUACAGCUGAACAAGAUUGCUGCGGAUAUGAUGAUGGAUGUAUUUGGUGACACUGAUAUUACCAUCAUCCCAUGUCUUGGCAACAAUGAUGUUUAUCCCCAUAAUCGACCUGUGGACCAUGAUAGCAUCUAUCACUUUUAUCAGCAAAUUUGGGGCAAAUGGAUCCCGCCUAGCCAACGCCAAGCUUUUCAAAAAGGCGGCUACUUUGCCAUUGACACAGCAAGCUAUCGAGUGUUAUCAUUAAACAGCAUGUAUUUCCUCAAACGCAACAAGCGGGUCAAAAACUGCCGAAAAUCAGGUCCUGCACGGGAUCAUCUCAUCUGGUUGGAGCAAGAGCUGCAACGAGCACGAGAUGACAAGACCCAGGUUGUAAUCAUUGGCCAUGUACCACCUUCACCACGCGACUAUCGUAAAACCUGUUUUCGGGAAUACUUGAGAAUUUCUUCCGAGUACAAGGAUGUCAUCACCAGCCAACACUAUGGUCAUCUUAACAUGGAUCAUUUCUUGCUUUACGAUGCCGAUCAUCUUGAUGUGAUACAAGAAUACGAUAUACAACAACAAAAUCAGCAGCAUAUGAUUGUCAACGACAGCCCAAUCAGGAUCACACGCAAUAUUGAACGCUAUGUUGACUGGCUCCGUGAUCUUUAUUUGUCCAUGGGUUUUGAAGAAAAUCCAUCAUCAUCGCUCAAUUAUCAGGCUAUGGCUGCACCCUUAAAAGACAACAAUUUGGAUGAUGAUUAUGAUGAUGUCCUCGAUUCAUUGGUUGCCGUUCAAGUAUCACCCUCCGUUUUGCCUGUGUAUUAUCCAUCGAUUCGCGUUUAUCGAUACAAUGCAUCAACCUCAGCACCCAUGCCGACCUUACUUGGCUAUACUCAAUACUAUGCAAACAUCACACGUUGGGAAUUAGAGCAUCCAGGUGAACCACUUGCGUAUGCCGUUGAGUAUACCACCGAGAGUGAUUAUGGCUUAAAAGAUCUUUCACCACGAAGCUUAUUCAAAUUGGCCAAGCACAUGAUUGAGGAAGACGACGCCAUGUGGAACCAGUAUACUCGAAACAUGUUUGUCAGGACACAAAAUGAGACAUUCCCUGGUUACGAUGAGGAUGAUGAUGACGAUGACGAGGAUGGUGAUGAUGAUGAUGACGAUGGCGAGGAUUCGUUUUAA